AUGGAUACGACACCGCUACUUCCAGGCUCCCGAUCACCAACGCCGAUUAAAGUUGUAGACGAUAUAGCUGGCUUCUUGAUACAGGACCCAGAAAGAAGCUUUGCUGAAGUCGACCAUCCUGAUGUUGGAUUCGGAUCUGGGGGGUUAGAUAUAGACCGGGGAGAUACGGUAGUGAAGCUUUCUGUUACUGGAAACCCCUUCCAUGCUAGUUCCGAUGUCGGUUUUCAAUUCGGAAGAAGGAUGCGAAUAGAAGAUCCGCAGGAUCAGAAAGACGUGCUGGGACUCGGGGCAGGAGUGGAUGCAGGAUCUCACACGCCAGCGCCCAGAGAACUACGAACACGGGCUCAUUUGGAGCUCACACCGAGGCCUGAAACCACGAAUGAUACUAUAACACUCAUGAACAUUAGAGGAACCAGGGAUCCGCAGAGAACUGGAGGCGGCAUUGGUGAAGCUGUCUUGCAGGGAGGUUUCCCUAGGGCUGCUCCGGAGUGGGCAGGCAGGCCCCACUGGCAGACAGAAGACGAAGACGACGAGCAAGUCGACAAUGACAAUUGUAAAGAGGAUGAGAAAGAGGAGGAGAGCAGGGAUACCUUGAUAUUUCAAAAGAAAAAUCAUAAACUCGAGAAGAAGAACUCAAAUUCUGUAACAAAGCAAGUAGGCAGUUCCACUAAGGUAUCCAAACAACGAAGCCGUCAUAAGACAAAUAAACCUUUGCCAGUGACGGAAAUCACCCCAGUCAAGUUAGGGAACAAAACACCUCUACCGCAAGCACCCCGCUUAGAGAGGCUCAAGAUUAGCCUUGGUGAAGAGAUUACAGACUGCAAAGACUACUUAGAGGGCUGUUUAGUUUACGACGACGUUGGGAGGAAGUUUAUGGGAUAUAAACUGGAUCCAUUCUAA